AUUUAAUUCACAAAUGCGCACGAAUGCGACCUCGUAAAUUAAGACAUCGGCCUUCGGAUGAGCUCAUCGAUAUUCGAGAAAGAGGUCUUCCAUGGCUCUUCUCGGUGUUUGUUGUUUUAUUCCUACUGCUGACCAUACUCUUGUUUUAUUUUAUUUUCACAACUCGAGAUGUUUAUUUGUCACAAAAACAGGCACUAGAAGAGGAGGAUAUUAAGAAGAAAGAAGUUGCAGCACAUACAAAACAGGAAAGCGAAGAGGAUGAUGAGACGUGGAAAGAGCACACAAGGAGGAAAGGAAAAGGAAAAUCAGCUGAGGAGAAAGUACAUGUUGAUAUUGUGCCCAUAAUGAGUCGGAAAACUGGGGAGCCGGAUAAACCGUCUUUAUUGGACUCAAGCAUCAAUGCAACUUUAGUCGUUCCUCCAAAUUCCACAAUUAUUAUUGAUACUGAAACGACUACAACUUUUACAACUACAACAGAAAAACCUACGACCAUACCCUCUACAACCACAUCUUCUACAACUACAACAACUACAACCACGACCACAGAAGAGCCUACUACUACAACUAGCCCAAUAGCAACAACAACUACAUCAACUUCUACAACAACGACCGAAACUCCAACAACAUCUGAAGCCACAACCCAUGAGCCUACUGCUUCCACCGAGCUACCACCACCCGAUGCGCCAAAUGAUUAUAUUGAUUCAGAAGAAGCACAAAACAUUUCUGCGUCUCAGGAAUCUGGCGAAACCACGGAUGUGUUAUUGGAAUUGGAAGAUGAUAAUAUUGAGGAUGUUCAGGUUGAAGAGUACGAAGAAACUACAAAGUCUCCAACUGUUUCCACAUCAACAUCUGAGCCCAUGGCAGCUGCCCCCAUCACAGAUGCUCCAAAAACUGAAAACGUUUCAAGAAACUAUACCAGAAUUAUUUGGGAUCGUCGCACAGUUCGAAGCAGCUCUGAAAAAUUCUCAAAGUUCGCUAUCAUCUCCCAUCAUGAAGAUUGCAGUGAAAUUGGAAAAAAAAUCCACGAAACUGGUGGAAACGCUGUUGAUGCAAUGGUUGCGACAGAAUUUUGUAUAUCGGCUGUUCAUCCGCACACUACAGGACCGGGUUUUGGAGCUGUUAUAGUACUUCACUCAAAAAAGAAAAACGGAACUUUUGUAAUCGAUGGAAGAGAGCGUGCUCCAAAGAAUGCGAACAAAAAUACGUUUGUAAUAAAUCCCACAAUUGCACAUAUUGGAUACUCAUCAAUGGGUGUUCCUGGUUGGAUUUCAGUUUUAUGGACUGCUUACAAACAAUUUGGAAGUGGGAAGAUAGUAUGGAAAUCUUUGAUCGAACCAACUAUAGAACUUUUGAAAACAAAUCGAGUGAGAAUCGAUCGACUGCUGGGGCAAGCGUUUGAAUCUCGAAGGAACCAUAUACUCCAUGAAAAAAGUUUCGACAACUGGCUGAGUCAGGCAACUAGAGAAGGAGCUGUACUUCGAAAUGAGCAAUAUGAAGAUUUCCUGAAACUGUUAAAAGAGUCUGUACAUGCUGAACACGAUUUUUAUGGAGGGCAAUUUGUCAAAAUUAUUGUGGAAGAAAUGAAGAGCAGAGGAGGUCUGAUAUCAAGACAAGAUCUCGAGAGUUAUAGUUGUAUUGUAACAAGAGCUGAAACUCUCUCUAUUGGAGAUCAUUUUCUCGUGGGACCGCAUCUUCCCUAUCAUUUCCCAAUUCUUGGAAAAGUUUUUCAAAAUAUCACCGAAUCAUUUCCAUCAAACCCAGAAUAUAUUUUGGAAUAUUAUGUGGACUUUGUAAAACUGCUUCAAAAAGCCAACAUUAUGAAACACUUUGUCGGAGAUGACCUUUUCGAACCAGAAGUUAAACCAAAAAUAGAUGAAUGGACGACUCCCGUACAGUUUAAAGCUGAAGAGCAAGUUGAACAAAAUCAAUCAAAAAAGAAGCCCAUCUCGUUCUCCAGGGUCCAGAGUUCAGACGAAGAAGGGAACUCUGUAAACUUUAUGUCAACGAAUAAUGUUCCGUAAGUUAAUAUGCAAUCUUGAAAAGCAUACACAACGAAAUUUGUCAAUUGACUUUUUUUGGAAAAUACUCAAAGUCAUCAGUGAUAUUAAUUGUAAAAGAUAAUAACUUUUAAAAGAUCGAAAAAAUUAACUUGCAAUUUAUUUUUUAACUCAAAGUUUAUCCAAAACCUCGAGAAAAAUAAUUGCUCUUCUAUUCGUAAGCGUUCAAAUAAUUUCAUAUGGGGAUCAGUUCGACGUAGUUCUGUAUUGGGAUUUGUCUGGAACAACGCUAUGAGCUCAUUUGAUGUUUUUUGUAAACACGAUACAAACUGUGUUCGUGGCGGUAAACGACCAAGUGUGACCAAUGGAUUUCCCACUAUUCUUUUGGAUUCCAAUAAAUAUCCUCAACUUUUAAUAUCACCAACUGCAAACUCUCUGGAAACCACUGCAGCCCUGGUAAUUCAAUCGACUUUGAUGAAUAUGCUUCCCCAACUCUCUCUGGAUCAUCCUCGGAUAUACCCUCAAUCAAUUGACCAAGUAUUAGUAGAAACUGGAGUACCUCAAGUUCUUUAUCGAACACUUUGGACAGAUUUUCGGGCUCAAUUCACUCAUCCAACUAGUCCAGUCACUCUUCUUUAUCGUGACACUGAAAAUUCCAGAGUUGAAGCUCUUUGUGACUUUCGACAAAAUACAAAAAUAUGUUAUGCAAGUGGUACUUGAGUUGGUAAAACUAGAUUCCCCUUUUUUUUUUAAUUUGUUAUCUCACGUGUUUUUAAGAAAUCUACGGGUAUUUGUAAUUUCUUGUUUGUUCUUCAAUAAAGCUUCUUACAAC